AUGAUGGAUGAUUUCGAGGAUAUACCGGGCAAUAAGCCGUUGAGGUUACCAAAGAAAGCAGCUAAAGUGAAAAAUAAGGCUCCAGCAGCUCUUCAAAUAACAGCAGAGCAAUUGUUACGUGAAGCAAAGGAGCGUGAUCUAGAAAUUGUUGCACCACCGCCAAAAACUAAAAUAUCUGAUCCGGAGGAGCUAGCCGAAUAUCAGAGGAAACGUAGGAAGGAAUUCGAAGAUAAUAUCCGCAAAAAUCGUUCGCAGAUAGCAAACUGGGUAAAAUAUGCAAAAUGGGAAGAAAAUAUAGGUGAAAUGCAAAGAGCUCGUUCAGUGUUUGAGCGAGCACUUGAUACUGAUCAUCGUUCUAUCACGCUGUGGCUUCAGAACAAACAAAUUAAUCAUGCACGAAAUAUUUGGGAUCGAGCAAUCGCCAUUUUACCCCGAGCUACUCAAUUUUGGUUGAAAUAUUCUUAUAUGGAAGAAUUGAUCGGAAAUAUACCUGGAGCAAGACAAGUCUUUGAACGCUGGAUGGAAUGGGAACCACCAGAGCAAGCUUGGCAAACAUACGUCAAUUUCGAGCUGCGUUACAAAGAAAUCGAUCGUGCGCGUACUAUAUGGCAGCGUUUUCUUCACGUUCACGGACACGAUGUGAAACAGUGGCUGCGUUAUGCAAAGUUUGAAGAAAGAUUCGGCUACAUCGGAAAUGCUCGUGCUGUUUAUGAGCGAGCAAUGGAAUAUUUUGGAGAGGAAAAUUUAAGUGAAACAUUGUUGAUUGCAUUCGCUCAGUUUGAAGAACGACAGAAGGAACAUGAAAGAUCAAGGGUCAUCUAUAGAUAUGGAUUGAACCAUCUUCCGGCUGAGCGAACUGGUGAAAUAUUUAAAUUCUAUACCAUACAUGAGAAAAAAUAUGGUGAGAGGGCGGGGAUCGAAAAUGUAAUUGCUAGUAAGCGUCGCCAUCAGUAUGAAGAGCAAAUUGCUGAAAAUUCGUAUAAUUACGAUGCAUGGUUUGAUUACAUUCGUUUAUUGCAAAAUGAGAAAAUUAAUCGUGAAGAGAUGGAAGAUACAUUUGAGAGAGCGAUAGCUAAUGUACCUCUGCAACCUGAAAAGAGGUAUUGGCGGCGAUAUAUUUAUUUGUGGAUUAAUUACGCGCUUUAUCAAGAAUUGGAUGUUGGUGACGUAGAAAAAACACGAGAUGUUUACAAAGUUUGUCUGCAAGUGAUUCCUCAUAAGAAAUUCACUUUUUCAAAAAUAUGGGUGAUGUUUGCUUAUUUCGAAGUGCGACAACUUCGCUUAUCUGAUGCACGUAAAAUAAUGGGAAAUGCGAUUGGAAUGUGCCCUCGAAAUAAAAUUUUUCAAAGUUAUAUUGAUCUCGAAUUGCAACUACGUGAAUUUGAUCGGUGUCGGAUUUUAUAUGAAAAGUUCCUGGAAUACGCUCCGGAAAACAGUAAUACUUGGAUUAAAUUUGCUGAAAUGGAAACGCUCCUUGGCGAUAUUGAUCGUGCACGCGCAGUUUUCGCUUUGGCUGUCCAACAACCUGCACUGGACAUGCCUGAGGUUCUAUGGAAAGCCUACAUUGAUUUCGAAGUGAGUCAGGAAGAAUACGGUCGAGCUCGACAGCUGUACAGUAGUCUUUUGGAACGAACGAACCACAUAAAAGUUUGGAUAAGUUUAGCCGAAUUUGAAUUAUUAGUAGGUGAUGUGGAGGGCGCACGCAAAACAUACGAACGCGCGAAUAGGAACCUAGCAAGUAGUGAAAAAGAAGAAAGGUUAUUGCUUCUCGAGUCAUGGAUGUUGUUUGAAACCAAACACGGCGACAAGGAUUCUGUAGCGGCAGUUUCUCGUCUAAUGCCAAAAAAAGUGAAAAGACGUCGGCAGGUUCAGACCGAGGAUGGUGUGGAUGCUGGUUGGGAGGAAUAUUUCGAUUACAUAUUUCCAGACGAACAAACUUCGAAAGGCAGUAUGAAGUUAUUCGAAGCUGCUCGCAGAUGGAAGGAGAAACUUUCACAAGUAGCUUUAUCUGUUGAAAAAGAUGAGGACAGAGAUGUGAAAGACAGUGGCAUCAAAGACGAGGCAACAGAACGAAGAAUGAAAGUGCGCGAGAAUGAUUCAGAUACUGACAUAUCGACAUCCUCUUCGUCAUCGUCAGAUAGUGAUUCUGAAUCAAGUUAUGAGUCAGAGGAUAGUGGUUCGGAUUCAAAUUCCGAAAAAUCUUGA